GAUGGAUUUCUGGAGGUGGCUUGCUUUCCCAAUGGGAGUAUUGCUGUGCUGUGCUCUUCAGACAUCUGCUGUUCAACAACCUGCAUCUCACAACUGCACCAGCAAUGGUCAAAGAAUAUCCUUCAGCCACUCCUACAAGAUUGACCUGCCCAUGUCCUCUCAGACUAAGGUGGAAGCAGAUCUGUUACAGCAUGAAGACAACAGCGGGGUGCAGCUAGAUCCUGGCAAGGCCAUGGAAAACGAAGAGCAGAAUAUAAUCUUUAGGCACAACAUCCAUGUGCAUGCACCCAAAGGGGACUGCGAAACUUUGACCCACAUUAAGGGUCUGUUUGAAAGGAUAGAGAAGCUUGAGAAAGAAGUGGCAGAGCUGAGAGAAGUUUGCAGCCCUCAGAAAUGUUGUGGAGGAAGCCAAGGUAUCUCGCAUUGCAGCGGCCAUGGGACUUUCGUCUAUGAGACUUGCAGCUGUAAGUGUGCCGAGGGCUGGGAGGGCAGUGACUGCUCCCACCCCACCUGCCCCAGCCACUGCAGCGGCCAUGGGUGCUGUGACAGCAGGAAGUGUAUCUGUGAUGAACCUUACUUUGGUGAGGACUGCAGCCACCAGCUCUGUCCUGAGAACUGCAGCGGCAAUGGGAUCUGUAACACAACCAAAGGGGUCUGCCAGUGCUACGAGGAGUUCAUUGGAGAGGACUGCAGUGAGAAACGAUGUCCCAGGGACUGCAGUGGCAAUGGGUUCUGUGACACAGGAGAGUGCUACUGCCACGACGGCUUCUUUGGCCUUGACUGUUCCCACGUGCUUGCUCCUCAGAACUUGCAGCUACUGAACUCCACAGAGAACUCUCUGGCUGUCAGCUGGGAUCCAAUGAUUGAUGUAGAUAAUUACCUCGUUAACUAUUAUCCAGUAGGGUAUGAGACGUUGGUGAAACAAGUCCACGUGCCCAAAGAGCAGCUCAGCUAUGAGAUUGUGGGUGUCCACCCUGGCACCACAUACAAUGUCACGCUUCAUCAUGUGAAGAAGGGGAUUGCCAGUGAGCCCAAGUAUCUAGAAGCAAGUACAGUCCUGUCUGCACUCAGUGCCAUCUGGGUGACAGAGGAGAUGGAGCACUCCCUGGAAGUGGAGUGGGAGAACCCACCAACAGAUGUGGAUUAUUACAAGCUGAAGUUCAGAUCCCUGGUGGGGAUGGAUGAGAAGCAGGUCAUGGUGCCGAAAAGCAAUGACCCUAAGAGCAGACACAUCAUGACUGGCCUGAAACCUGGCACAGAGUACGAGGUCACUGUCAUACCCAUGAAAGACGAUACAGAGGGAAAACCAUCCUCAGUGAGUGGUAGGACUGGAGUUGAUAGUCCAACCAAUGUGGCAACUGACCGAGUGACAGAAGAUACAGCCACUGUCUCAUGGAAUAAAGUUGAGGCUCCCGUAGACAGGUACAUGGUGAGAUACACCUCAGCUGAUGGGGACAUUAAGGAGAUGGAGGUGGGGAAUGAAAAUGACAUCAUCACCUUACUGGAUCUGAAGCCAGGCAUGGAAUAUGUCAUCCACAUCUGGGCAGAGAAGGGACCCCAGCAGAGCAAGACGGCAAGCAUCAGAGCUGUGACAGGUAAUUGCUGGCUAAUACAGCUGUUGACUGACCAGGUGACAGAGGAUGCAAUUACUGUUCCCUGGAACAAAGUCCAGGCUUCAACAGACAGAUGCACAGUGAGCUACACCUCAGCUAAUGGGGACACAGAGGAGAGAGAGGUGGAGAAAGACAAGAAUGUCACUACCUUGGCAGGACUGAAGCAAGGCAUGGAGUACGUCAUUUAUAUCUGGGCAGAAAAGGGAGAACAGCAGAGCAAGAGGGCCAGCACUGAGGCUGUGACAAAAAUUGACAGCCCAGCUCACCUGGUGACUGACCAAGUGACAGAGGACACUGCCACCAUCUCCUGGGACAGGGUCCAGGCUCUCAUCGAUAGGUACAUGGUGAACUACACCUCUGUUGAUGAUGACACAGAGGAGAUGGAAGUGGGAAAGAAUAAGACUACGAUGACUCUGACAGGACUGAAACCUGGCAUUGAAUAUGUCAUCCUCUGGGCAGAGAAAGGAACGCGGCAAAGCAAGAGGCUCAGCACUGAGGCAGUGACAGAGAUUGAUCCUCCCAAGAACCUCUGUGUAUCAGAUGUGACUCAUUCUACUGGUGUGGUUACCUGGAGUCCUCCUGCAGCACAGAUUGAUGGCUAUGUUCUGACCUACCAGGGUCAAGAUGGCACAAGCAAGGAAGUACAGCUUGGCCCUAGUGAACAAUGGUUUGUGCUGGAAGGACUGGAACAAGGAGUGAGGUAUACCAUCUUUGUGAUGGCCUAUAAGGGAGAUCGCCAGAGCAGAAAGACAGACAGUACCUUCUCAACAGUUAGCUUCCUCUACCCAUAUCCUACGGACUGCAGCCAGAUGCAGCAGAACGGAAAUGCCUCCAGUGGCAUAUACACCAUUUACCUGAAUGGGGAUGGCAGCAGGCCAGUGCAGGUGUACUGUGACAUGACCACUGAUGGAGGCGGGUGGAUAGUGUUUCAAAGACGGAGCACUGGCGAGGUGGAUUUCUACAAACGCUGGAAAAAUUAUGUGGAAGGCUUUGGAGAUCCCACUGGGGAAUUUUGGCUUGGUCUUGACAAGCUGCACAAUCUCACAAGCAGCAGCCCCAUCCGCUAUGAGCUCCGGGUGGAUUUGCGGACAGCCAGUGAAUCUGUCUAUGCUGUCUAUGACUUCUUCCAGGUUGCCUCAAGCAGGGACAGAUACAGGCUGUCGGUGGGGAAUUACAGAGGCAAUGCUGGGGAUGCAAUGACUUACCACAAUGGCUGGAAGUUCACAACGUGGGACAGAGACAAUGAUGUGGCUCUCAGCAACUGUGCUCUGACACACCAUGGUGCAUGGUGGUACAAGAACUGCCACUUGGCCAACCUCAAUGGGAAAUAUGGGGACAGCAAGCACAGCGAGGGUGUGAACUGGGAGCCAUGGAAAGGCCAUGAAUUCUCCAUCCCUUUUACCGAGAUGAAGAUCCGUCCUCAGUCUCCCAGUAAUGAGCCAAUCCUGGAGAGGAAGAAGAGGUCUCUACCAGGGAAGAGGAAGGAGAUCAGCCUGAAGAAAAGCCUGAGGAGACAUGCAAUAAAUUAAUGUUCACACUCCUGGGUGAGGCCCAGAACAGGAUAUUAAAAUUCUGGACUACCAGCUACAGCUGAGGAAGAAGUAUGAUCUCACCAAAUGAUGCUUGCUCAAAGGCUUCCUUGUCUGAGCAGAUUGGAACGUGAUUGUCCUAUGUCUUAAUGGCCUUUCCUAUCCUAAUGCUAAGCUGAGUAAUACAUUUUAAAGAAUCCUUCUCAGGCUUUGGGGGAAAUAAUAAAAUUGCAAAUAAAGGAGCUCUUAAAAUA